AUGUCAGACGAAGGCUGGAGCGAAGGCAGCGACGAAGGAUCGGAUUUUUCACCAGAAUCCGACUACGAAGACGCGUCGUUCGCGUCGAAAUCCAAGUUCUCCUCUUCUCUGAAGGGUCACUCUCUUCGCAAGAAGGCGAAUCCUCAACGAAAUGACGCGUCUUCCUCUUCGACUCCAGUUGAGGCAGGUGCCCCGAGUUUGAUGCGGUGCAGAUCCACCCACACCAUUCAAGAUCCUGCAGCAAUGCGUACUGCGCUUCUUAGGUGGUACAAGACCGUGCAUGAGACACGUGGGAUGCCGUGGCGACGGCCAUAUGACCCCAAUCUGGGCAUCGAGGAGCGUGCUCAGCGGGCGUACGAGGUGUGGAUCUCCGAGAUAAUGCUUCAGCAGACGCAGGUUGCUACAGUUAUCCCAUAUUACAAUCGAUGGAUGGAGAAAUUUCCGACUGUCCGUGAUCUCGCUGCUGCCACGAUAGACGAGGUCAAUGCCCUAUGGAAAGGCCUCGGGUAUUACAGCAGAGCAAGUCGCCUGCUCGCGGGCGCGCAAAAAGCGCUGGAGGUUUAUGGCGGUAAAUUGCCGGACAACGCCAAAGACAUGGAGGCUAAUAUCCCUGGCAUUGGUCGGUAUAGUGCCGGAGCUAUCUGUUCCAUCGCUUACGGCGAACAAGUUCCCGUGCUGGACGGGAAUGUUCACCGUCUGUUGAGUCGAAUACUCGCGCUCCAUGGACCCCCAAAAUCGAAGCAGACGCUUGACGUUCUCUGGACUGGGGCAAAGACGAUGGUUGAAAUAGAUUCGCAGUCUUUGUGCAGAAGCGAAGACCCACCCCCUGACUCUGACAGCCCGCAAUACCCAGGGGACAUAAAUCAGGCAAUGAUAGAAUUGGGUAGCACCGUUUGCAAAGUUCGCGAACCGGAGUGUGGGUCAUGCCCUCUGCGAGCGUGGUGCUCUGCCUACCGAAAAACCACACCAGAAGACGAGCAGGCCACUAGUGUGGUCGAUAUCGAAGAUGUUUGUCGAUUAUGCGAACCCCUCAUGAGCUCCGAAGGCGUCACCUCUUAUCCCAUGAAAGCCGACCGCAAGAAAGCCCGUGAAGAGACAGAUGUCGUCAACGUCAUUGAAUGGCGUUCGAGGGCUACACCAUCGGAUCGACGGUUUCUACUGGUCAGGCGACCCGAAGGAGGUUUAUUGGCCGGUCUAUACGAGUUCCCAGCUUCUGUGAACGUCUCUAAAAGCAUGACCCGAGCUUCUCAAGAGAAAUUGCCUGCCUCCAUCCUUUCGAAACUCGUUCAUGGCGGUUCUUCUCUAACCAAAUCCCAGCAGACUAGGAAAGCAAACACCCAAGAUGAAAAACACGAGCAAGUACUAACUAUUACUAAGAUAACUCCAGUUGGGGAGGUACUGCACGUCUUUUCUCACAUCAGAAAGACGUACAAGGUGCAGUGGGUCGUCUUGGAAGGCGGUGCUGAACCACCUCCGCCUCUCGAGGGCUCUUCGUUGGACGAAGAGCGGCCAAAAAAGAAACCCAAGAGGGAGAACGCCGGCAAGGGUCCUGUCAACGUCAAAAACGACAAACGCGGCCCGAAGGGAGCCGUUUGGACGCCCAUCGACCAAGUUCUGGAGGCGAACAUGGGAAGCGGCGUUGUCAAAGUGUGGAACCUGACGAAGGAAUUGUGGGAGAAGGAGGCGAGAUAG